UUUGUUCACAGUCGAAUGACGAUCCACAAUGUUUGGUAAUCCCAAUAGCUCAGUUAUGACAACCAGUGCAUUGAAGUGAAAAACUGCUCUGACAAGGGUAAGAUGUCACCACCUCCAUUUGGAGCAUGCGUUUUAUAUAACUGCACAUUUAAUCAGUAAAAAGAGUUGGACAUUCUGACAAAAAAAAGAGGUUCAGUGUCUUAUCUGACAAAGAGGAAAUACGUUUUCUUGACAUUUGUAAACAAGGUGUGACGCAUUUUAGCUGCAGUUGUGCAAUAGGUGGCCUGAGGAGUUGAUUUUGUUUUUUUUGCAAAUGACCUGAUCAUGGCGACUCAGUCCGUAAUUGGGUCAAAUUUAGAGUCAAGAGGCAGGAUAGCAAUGAAUUCACCAUGAUCUAUGGUGUCAGAGGUUGGACUGUCCUGGACCCGGAGGAAUAAUUGCAUCCCUUCAUGAAGGACGCGAGAGAUGGUGUAACACAGAAUUAUCAUCCAACUGCAUGGUGAAUGACUGGCUGCCAUACGUUGUUAUUCACUGGAUUGGUUCGCACCUCUGAAGGCAGAGGUUUUGCUGUCCAUUUGACAUACUAACCAUUACAAGCAAAGAAUGACUGCUAUUCAAAACUUAGGUUCGAGGAGUGGUGCAACAUAGCUGAUGUUUUUACUCCAAGCGACUCACAACUGUUACUGCCCGAGGACACAGAGGGGUCCCACUGUCAACUGACAGUAGUGAGAACAAUUUCAUUGCUUGGGAGCAGAGCCAGAGAGGAAUAGGCUUUUUCCAAAAAAUCAAUUUCUGGAAUUCCUGUUUAUAACUGGAAGAAAAAUGUAGUGUUUUGUUGUGACUCAAUUCAGUGAAACUAAGCUAGUGAUCAUGAAUCCAGACUUUACUGUAUGCCCAGCACAUCAAAGCACAGUAUAUGUAUGACAUUAUUUUACCAAAGGUGUGAAUGCCAGAAUCUAUAAGGUAGAGUCAAUAUGAAAUUGAAAAAAAAAGGAAAACCCACUACCUCUUAUGACACAUUCAAACUAUUUAAGUCCUUCUAUUCAAGAGGAGUUGAAGCAAACUAGGCUUUCUUUUGAUCAUAGUCAGGCCAGGCUGUUUCGCUGUGUUUGCGCUCUAGAUACGGCGAAUGUGGCGGGCUCCGAUGCUGUAAUCCUGUGCUUUCCUGGCCGGAUUACAAUCCCACGUUCAGAGUUUGGGGGGGAGGGGCUGACUACAGUGUUGAUGGAUAGAGGAGGGGCUGGAACGAUGGAUUAAAGUCUGCAGAUCUCUGCACAGCUGUGUCAGUGUGGACGGGGUCACUGGCGCAACUCACUUCCCUAAAUUAUGCCAAACGCGUGAAAUAUUCUCGAGAGCCAACAGUGGAACUGUUGUACAGAUGAAAGAUUUGAAACGGCUUGAUUUACUGACAGGAUGUUACAUCAAACACAGACCUUCUAGAUAGUGUAACAAUAAAAAGCAGUCCACUGCACAGAACUGGCACAGGUGCAGGGCCUGUAAUGAUUUCUUGUUGUCACAUUUAUUUUGGCCGCGUCAUGAUCUGUUUGUCCUGUAGUUACCCUGUCGUGAUUAUAAUCACAAUCUGAGGACAUCAGUUUUCUUCAGUAAAAGAUUUGAUCAUAAAGUGAAUAGGUUAGAGCAUAUAGUUGAUUUCAUUAUUUGCUCUUAUUGGACAUCUUGAUAAUAUGACCUUGCAUUGUUUCCUUCCUUAGUCCUUGUGUGUCUCAGGUCAAGUUCCAUACCAGGGUUUUUUUAAUGCACCACUAUCUUGAAUAUGCAUAUAAAGGUCCAGUGAUGACAUUGCAAGAAGGUUCUGGGUUCACAUACCUGUCAACCUCUGCCAAUAACUCCCCUUAUAAAGCGGUGCAAUUCCCCUUAUAAAUUGAAAAGAAACCUUACUAACACAAUCGUGGCACAUUUUAAUAUUUUAUUUUUACUAUUUACGUCACAGCAAGACAGACAAUGUACUGGAAAAUGAUAAAAAUAACAUAUAUAAAAGCUCUUGCAUUACAUUUACCAUGUGCAGCAUGUUUUAAAAUAAAUUAUUCUUCCAUCGUGUCUUUAAACCUUCCAUUCCUCUUGCAACACAAUUCAAAACAACGGAUGUGGGCCGCAGUGCAACGCACAUGUGCACACAACACUCCUAUCGUCAAAGCCGAAAGCAACGAGAAAAAUAAAUGCGCGAUUGAGGAUAACUUUUGCUAGUAUGAUGCGCCGACCGUCGUCAGCUACCAGCGAGACGAGAUGAUCCGUUUUGGAUCCGAAAUUGGUGAGUCGAUAUCGGUCUGGCAUGACAUGUUAGUGGAAAUUUUUUUGUUCAAAAUUUUUUUCCCCCCGCAUAAAAGUCGUUAUACGCGUACAUGAAAUUGUAAAAAAAACGUAUAGAAUACGGGGAAAACGUAUAUGUUGACAGGCAUGGGUUCCAAUCCAUUGCUUGAGGCAGGCCUGGAUUUAAACUGAACCUGGAUCCUUUCUGUGUGGAAUUUGCGGGUUGUACCAUGUUGCUGUCCAAAAGGUAAAGACAUGAAUUGAUGUCUCAAUUGUCCAUAGCUGUGGGUGACAUGUCCAGAGGUGUCCCCACCUUUGCAUGCCAUGCAACUGGGCAGUAGCAGAAAGAGUUUUCCAACGCCUUUAAAGAAGAAUCUUUUUUUGUGUAUCAAAAGAUGUAGCUGCAUUAUACAGACAUACAAAUAUAAAGUAAAUAUUUUUAUUUGUUUAUUGUUUACAAGAAAGACUUAAGAAAACUAAGUUUUAAUAUGUCAGUUCUCAACAUCGUAUCAAAUAAUAUGAUAGCAGAGAAUGUGUCUAUCACAUCAUCCGUUUUUUUCAGAAUACGAAUAUUUAGCAGUUCGAGAACGUUUUUCUACCGCUGUGUAUGUUAUAUGAACUCAGUCUAACAUUGAAUGUUUCUUCUUAGACACCAGUUAAACAUAGGAGUGUAUCUGUAUAUCACUGUUUAAUGUCCGUUGUGAUCCUGGUUUGGUCGUGGAAAAGCAUUAGUAUGGGGCUACGCAAAUGAACUUGACACUCACUCUUACUUCACUGUACAGUGGUGACAUUUUUUUUGCAAUUUACAGCCUUUUACGGUGAGAAGGGAUGAGAAGAAAAACAUUGUAACAGCCAAGUUUAGUGGCGAUUUCGGGAAAAUAAUCCAACCGGCCCAUGCUGUGAGUUUCUGCACUGGUGUGCAGCAGGGGUUCAUAUCUGAGCAAAUGAAAGAAUGAAGGAGCAAAAAUGGGAAUGUAAGGUCAGGCCCCCUUCAGAAGGACUUAUGUAAGAUCACUUGCGUAACGGAAUAUUUAAUGUGCGUGAGCACCUUCAGUAUGUCUAGACAUGACAGAAACUUCAAAUUUGGGUGCACUUGCCUCAGCUAGAGGAGGGGUACUCAAGCAGAUUCUUAACAGCAGGAGCGGAUUGAGGGAUUAUACGAGGGGUAAGGGGUUGGGACAGGAGGGUAUUAAAGCCGGCAUGGAGGGAGGAGACUGAGGAGCGUUGCACGUCCACAUCUGUGCACGACUUCCUUCUCUUUCUGACACCGAGCUCGUCAGGAUUGCUAACUUUACCCACUCUUUAUUUAUUCUGUCUCUCUCUCUCUGUGUGUGCUACUGAUGGUGACAGUUAUGGAGGACGCCUGUCCCAAUGGGGAGCAGGAGGAGGUGGUGCCAGCGGGACAGCAUGGUGCAGCGGAGGCAACAGCCAGCCAGGAAGCUGAUAACUCUCAAGCCACACAGCAGGUGUUGGAUAAUCUGCAGGAGCUGCCGGCUUCCACAGGUGCCAAAGACAUUGACCUGCUCUUCCUCCGUGGGAUCAUGGAAAGUCCAAUUGCCCAUGAACAGCUGGAGGAAGUCAAACUGGAGGCCGUGCAGGACAACAACAUGGAGCUGGUGACGGAAAUCCUGGGCGACAUCAGUGGCCUGAAGGUGAAAGACGACAGUGCUGCGGAACUUUCUAGGAUCCUGCAGGAGCCACACUUCCAGUCCCUUUUAGAGGCUCAUGACUUGGUCGCCUCCAAGUGCUAUGAAGUCCCUCCACCUCCAGAGAUGACCAACGAUGCAGCGGUUAACCACGCGCUGAUGCAGGCGGACGCUGUCCGCAUGAUUGGCAUCCGAAAGAAAGCAGGGGAGCCCCUGGGAGUCACAUUUCGGGUGGAGAAAGACGAGCUGGUCAUUGCCAGAAUACUUCACGGCGGUAUGAUUGACAGACAGGGUUUGCUCCAUGUGGGUGACAUCAUCAAGGAAGUGAACGGCAAAGACGUUGGAAACAACCCCACUGAGCUGCAGGAGAUGCUCAAAGACUGUAGUGGAGGCAUCACUCUGAAAAUACUUCCCAGCUACAGGGAUGCUCCGGCGCCACCGCAGGUAUACGUGAGGCCUUUCUUCGAUUACGACCCGGCCCAUGACAACCUCAUCCCAUGUCGAGAGGCAGGAAUGGCUUUUAAGAGAGGAGACAUCCUGCAGAUUGUCAACAGGGAAGAUCCCAACUGGUGGCAAGCGUGUCAUGUGGUGGGCGGAGAGACCGGUCUGAUACCCAGUCAGUUCCUGGAAGAGAAGCGGAAAGCCUUCGUCCCACGAGACUUUGUUGGAUCAGGGAUGCUCUGUGGAACCAUAGCAGGGAAAAAGAAAAAGAAGAUGAUGUACCUGACGGCUAAAAAUGCAGAGUUUGACAGACAUGAGCUGCAGAUCUAUGAGGAAAUGGCCAAGGUUCCUGCAUUCAACAGAAAGACACUGGUUCUGAUCGGAGCUCAGGGCGUGGGCCGACGAAGCCUAAAGAACAGACUAAUGGUGCUUCACCCGACUCGCUUUGGUACCACCAUACCAUAUACUUCCCGGCGUGCCCGUGACAACGAGCUGGAUGGCAACUCCUAUCAUUUCACCUCCAGGACAGAGAUGGAGGCGGAUGUGAAAGCUGGACGCUUCCUGGAGCAUGGGGAAUAUGACGGAAAUUUAUAUGGCACCAAAAUUGACACCAUCCAUGAGGUGAUCGAUUCAGGACGCACCUGCAUUCUGGACGUCAAUCCGCAGGGUUUGAAGGUCUUACGGACAGCAGAGUUCAUGCCAUAUGUGGUUUUUAUAGCAGCGCCGGAUUUUGACACUCUCAAAGCCAUGCACCAGGCCGUGGUGGAUGCUGGGAUCACCACUAAACAGCUUACGGAUGUGGACAUGAAAAAGACGGUGGAGGAAAGCGCUCGCAUCCAGAGAGCCUACAGCCACUUCUUCGACCUCACUAUCGUCAACGACAACCUGGACAAAGCCUUCGAGACGCUAUCGGCGGCAGUGGACAAACUGUGCAGUGAACCUCAGUGGGUCCCGGUCAACUGGGUCUACUGAGGACAGUAUGAGUGGACUUCCGCCCAACAACUAGGAGGCGUAGAUGGACGAGAUCCUUGUUUUUUAAAAAGUGAAAAUCCUAAAAAACAAACAAAAAACUGUUCUUCCUCCUUCCGUGAAAUGUUUUUCUACCAACAAAGGGAGCGCUUAUUUAUUUUAUAACUUUUUAUGAAAGACCUUUCUAUCUCACGUGGGACAAAACUCUGGCCAUAUUUUGUCAUUAAGCUAUUAUUAGUUCAGUUGCGUUCUUUCUCUGUAAACAUUCAGUUGACUGAGACUUGAUGCUCGAUACUUGCAAAAAAAUUAUUCAUAAAUCAUUACCUCAUGCAGAAGAUAGUACAACCCACACAAUUGACAACCUCAUAUUUGGGGAAAGUACAUAUUUCUGCAAUUAUUUAUCACCAAAACAAAGAGGGCAUCCCAAGAGAACUUCCCUGUAACUUUAUUGUACUCAUCCGGUUGUAAACGUACAUUGUACUGAGAGCAACAGGCUUCCAUCUGUUCAACAGAGACCACAGCCACCAAAAAUAACAGACAAACAGAGGUUAGACGCUCUACUAAAACAGUGAUCUAGAAUUCAGAUGACAACUAAGACUCCAGGGAAUUUAAUGUGGCAAUAAUGACAGCAAACAGCAAGAGAAGCACAAGCUUGUUAAAAAACAAAAAAAGAAAAAUGUCAGAAACACUAUGGUGUAAUGUAAUGUAAUGGAAAAGUGAAAUCCAACAGCUUCAUUAAUUUAAUAAAACAGAUGUAUGAGAUACAUAUUUGCCAUUUGAGGUAAAAAUAAAUAACUUUUAAUUCAAUAUAUACUUGAUGAAGCCUGGGUCCUGCUGAGAUGAAAGAUGUUGAAUGCUGAGUCACAAUGCUUUUCUAUUGUUUUAAAAGAUCAUGAUGUACACUUUUCUGAUAAAUUUCAGUUCGUCAUGUUUUGUUUUUCACUGUGAUUUCUAGAUUGUACCCAAAAUCCCAUGACCUUUCGCUUUGAGCCUGUUUUACUCUCCGGCCUUUACUGUCUUCACCUUCAUUUCUGCUCUUGUUUUUAUUUUCUUAGUUUUUUUUUUGUGAUCAUGUCACAAAACUCCUUUUCAUCAGUGGUGCCAUAAAAGGCCCAUAGAUAUAAGUUCGAUGAGUGAAGUUGGACCUGAUGAGCAAAGCUAAACGACACCAGGAAAACUGCUGCAACGCUUGAAUAAUACUUGAACUUAGUCAGAAAUCUUCCAGGAUGCCAUCUAGAUGAGGUAAUCCCCUCGUCAGUGAGACAAGUUGUGAAAUUGUAUUAGUCGAAAUGCACUGUAGUGAAGAUGGAAACCUAUUUAAGACCUGGCGAUGUUGUUUUGUUGUGACGUUUGUGAUUUCAAAUCCUUGAAUCAACCGGAAAUGUCUGUUUUAAAUCAUCCGUUCACUUCUUUUUACAUUUUUAUUGGUAAAAUCAUGAUGAAUAAAGUUGAAUAAUUCUC